AAACGAAGAACGGCUAUUCCUUAUUGUUCGUUUUUUGUUUUCAUAAUCUCUCUGCAAUUCUGCUAUUCUAUUAUUCGUUCCAGUCUGUUUUGGUUUUUCUAUCUGCAAUUCCGGCCGGGUCGGCUUUUACGUUUUCCCGCGAGAAAUAUGUCCAAACUGCGACUUGCUCUCAUUCAACUGGCCGUUACCACUUCGAAAGAGGACAACCUGCGCAAUGCCUCCAUCAAAAUUGCCGAAGCAGCCAAAAGAGCUGACGUUGUUGCGCUACCCGAAUGCUUUAAUUCUCCAUAUGGCACUGGUUACUUCAAAGAAUAUUCCGAGGAAAUCCCCGGAGCUUCAACUGAAGUCUUAAGUAAAGCUGCAAAACAAAAUAAAGUUUACGUAAUUGGAGGUUCCCUUCCAGAAGCCAAGAAUGGAAAACUGUUUAAUACCUGCCCUGUUUUUAACCCGGAUGGGGAGAUGAUUGCUCAGCAUCAGAAGGUACAUUUAUUUGAUAUUAAUAUUCCUGGGAAAAUAUCCUUCCAAGAGUCCAAGAUUUUGAACGCCGGCAAUAAAUUGACUACAUUUAAUACACCAUUUGGUAAGAUUGGUAUUGGCAUAUGCUAUGAUAUCAGAUUUGCAGAAAUGGCACAGUUGUAUGCUAAGCGGGGCUGCAAGCUUCUUGUGUACCCAGGGGCUUUCAACAUGACCACCGGUCCGGCCCACUGGGAGUUGCUGCAGCGAAGUCGUGCUUUGGAUAACCAGUUGUAUGUAGCCACAGUCUCACCAGCACGUUCUGAAACAGCAUCGUACACUGCAUGGGGCCACAGCACCGUUGCUAGCCCUUGGGGUAAAGUGAUAUCAACCACCGAGCAUGAUGAAGAUAUUGUAUAUGCUGAACUUGAUAUGGACUACGUGGACGAAGUGCGUGACCAAAUACCGCUUCGGAAUCAGAAAAGGAAAGAUCUCUACGACGUCUCUGACCUUGCAGAAUAAUUGCAAUUUUGCUAAUUGGAACAACGAACAGUGCUGUGUGAUAUUAACUAUUCUCUAUCUUUUAGUCAAAUUACAAUUGUCAUUAUUAUUAUUAUUAUUAUUAUUGUGGGGAGUUGGCAGAAUGGUUAGCACAUUGGGAAAACUGCUUAGCGACAUUUUGUCCAUUUUUACGUUCAGAGUUCAAACUCCGCUGGGGUCAACUUUGCC